GAGAAUGAACUAAGCUUGCCGCCUGCGCGAUUUACUCUCUAAGUUCGCGCGUUUAUAAUUUUUCAUUCUAAUUAUAUGUUUAUAUAUCAAGAAAAUGGGUGCUUAUUUAUCAGAGCCUGUUACUGAAAAAAUAUCAAGUGAUGAAUCAAACGGCAAUCUCGAAUGCGGCGCGAGUUCCAUGCAGGGGUGGCGUGUCAACCAAGAGGAUGCGCACAACACAAUUUUGGACUUUGACUUGAAUACAUCAUUAUUUGCUGUUUAUGAUGGUCAUGGAGGGGCUGAGGUGGCCACAUACUGUUCUCAGAAUUUACCUAAUUAUAUAAAAAACACAGAAGCAUACAAGAAUGGAGAUCUGGUUAAAGCAUUAACAGAUGCAUUCCUUGGAUUUGAUGCUACAAUUGCAUCUAAAGAGGUUAUGGACAUUUUAAAGGAAUUAGCAGCAGGUGAAAUAAAUCCUCCUGGUCCCAGUGAUAAUGAAGAAUCUGAAGAUGAAAGUAUAAGUAAUUUGUAUAAAGAAGCACGCCUCCCACUUCAGGAAAUUCCUUUCCAGGAAGUAUUGGCUAAAUAUGAAAAUAAAUUAAGUACAUUACACCGUGCCAGACUUGGUGAUACAAGUACUCCAUUGUCACCUUGCCUCAGAGCAAAGAAAAGCCUGGAGGAAGCUGGAGGUUCAGGUGCCGGUGCUUCAAGUUCCAGUUCAGGAUCAAGUUUUGCCGCAGGAUCAAGUACAGAACAACCAGUAAUUGAAGCCUCAUCGAGCAGCAAUGGUUCAGCCAAUACCCAAGAAAAUGGUACUGGUAAUGCAGAUGAUACUGGUGGAGUUUCAUCCUCAAAUUCAAAUGAUGACAAAGAUACAAAUGGAGAGGUAUCCACAAGUGAGCCUGAUGAGAAGGCCAAAGAAAAAAUCUCAAUGAAAGUAGAAAAGACAGCACCAGAUAGUUCAGCAGACAACUGUGGUCAACCAGAGCAAAGUGAAAAUUGCAAGGAAAAAGCUGAUACCAAUACACCAUCUGAAGCUUGCAAUGGGGAGGUCACAGAAUCAAAACAAGGCGGGGAAGAGAAUAUAACAUCGUCCAAUGGCUGUAACACACCAGAAAAUGCCAAAGGUACAGACAAGUUCCCAGUAUCAAGCACAGACAAAGCACUUCCAGAGAGGCCUAAGAAAACCAAACUGCGGCGUGCAGCAGCAGCCGUCUACGAAACCUUGCUCCGACGAGCUUCAGCUGAUGAUGAUGACAGUGACUCCAAUGAUGAAACCUUUGAAGGUGGUGAAGUUGAUUCUUCUGAGGAAGAAAACGUUAAUGGAGUGGAGGAAUCUUCCAAUGAUGGUGAAGCUGAAGAAGAGGAAGAUGAGGAAGAGGAUUAUGAAGCAGAUUCCAGUGACGAGGAGUGUGAAGAUGGCAUGUCACUAUCUGAGGAGCCAGGCAAUGACAGUGGCUGUACUGCAGUGGUAGCUUUGUUGAAAGGAAAUGAGCUCUAUGUUGCAAACGCUGGUGAUUCCAGAUGUAUCAUCUGCAGAGAAGGAAAAGCUAUUGACAUGUCGAUUGACCACAAACCGGAAGAUGCACCAGAGCUUGAAAGAAUAACCAAAGCUGGUGGGAAAGUGUCGAACGAGGGCCGUAUUAACGGUGGACUUAACCUGUCCAGGGCUAUCGGUGAUCACUCCUACAAACAAAACAAGGACUUAGAUGCUACUGAGCAAAUGAUAACCGCUCUACCGGAUGUCAAAACAUUAACUAUAGAACCUGAGAAGGAUCAAUUUAUGGUGCUGGCUUGUGAUGGUAUAUGGAACUUUAUGUCUAGUCAAGAUGUGUGUGACUUCAUCUUACCCAGAUUGGCUGAGGGAAGGGAGAAGUUGUCUCAAAUUUGUGAAGAGAUGUUUGAUCAUUGUUUAGCUCCAAGCACAAUGGGUGAUGGGACAGGCUGUGAUAAUAUGACUGCUAUUAUUGUACGAUUCAAAGACGGAGUCAUUGUUGAUGUUGGACAACACAAAAACAACACGGAAGCUCCAAAGAAGAGGGCUGCCGAAGAGGAACCCAGUGAAGAUCAACAGGAUUUAAAACGGCAAAAGGUUGAGGAUCCCUUGUCCAGUUCAAUAGUGACUUCAAGUGUUUAAACUAGCUAUUAAGGACAUUAUGACUAUUGAAAGUUUGGUGGAAUGGUGAGUUUGAUAACUUAAUAUUUAGGGUUUAUACUGUAUAAUGGUUUUCUUUAUUUAAGUCAAAUCACUUUUAGUUUUUCUUUAAACAUUACAUUACGAUUCUGGAAUUAGAUAUGAAGAUAAUCAUGUAAUGUUUAUAAGUAUGGCUUUAUUUCACAUAAAUAUCAGAUAAAGAGAAAUAAUUGCGUUUCGAUAUAACAUGUAAUAAUAGAUUUAGAAAAACAAUACUUGGAAUAUUUAUGUACCUGCUAUUUUUUUAAGUUUGUUACAAACAUUGUAUUCUAUCUUGAAUUUUUCAAUGCAUUUCUUUAAUACAGUUUUCUCCCUAUUUAGUGUAUUUCUUAACAUUGUCUUAUAUAAUGUAUGUAUUUGAUUCUAGAAUAUUCAUAUUAUUUUCUCCUUAUCGUCAUGCCCAAGAAAUAGAAUGGGGUUCUUAAUCAAAUGUGAAUCACACGAUCAUUGUGUUUCAAUUACAGUAGAUAUUUGGAAAACGAUUAAGACAUUUAUAAUUUAUUAUAGAACUGACUUGAUGAUAAUAGUAUAGUGUGUAAGUAGUUAAUGUAAGCUGAGUAAGUAUUUGAUUCCAACUUCACUUUUUAUGAUAGAAGUUAAAGAUUUUUUUUUCAUAUUAUGUAAGGAUGACACACAGUGUUUGUCUUUUUUCUUACAUGAGUCAUUUAUAUUGACAUUUUGGUUUAAAGACUUAUAUCUUUGUAUUCCUCAAGUUUAAAGUUAAUUGAGAAACUUAAACAAUUUAUUACUGCUUAUUAGUUUUUUUUCAUACAUUGCAUCUUUUCAAAUAAUAUUGUAAGUAACAAAUCAAAGUGUGGUAAGAUAUUUAUUCAUCAUAAUAUGGAAGGUAAUUUAUUUUGAAAAACUAUUGCUUAACCGUUCAUAUGGCACUGUUAAAAAUACAAUCAAAAUGUUUUUAAUUUAAUCUAUCAUGUGAUGUAAAAUGUUGAUAAAUCUUAUUUAACAUUGGCAUGUUCCUAUACGAAAUUAAUGUGAUUAUAAUAAUAUGAGAUGUGCAUACUAAAAUGCACUACUCAACAUGUUACUCCAUAUUAAAUAUGAGUGUGGUUUAUAUUUUUGUUACUAGCAAUACUCUUGACAAAUAUCAUCAAUGACUAUAAUUUUGAAACUUGAUCCCAAUUACUUGUAAAAUUUAUUUCAUUUCAUGUGUGUAUCAUUGAAAAAUAUAAAUUUUUACAGACUGCA